GGACUGUCCUGUCGCGCAGUUUCUGUGGAAGGGAGGGAAGGAGGUGGAGUCGUCGGAAAUCAAUCAUCGGAGAGUUUCUUGGGCGCCGCACUGUAACUUCCGCUCGCCCCGGCGGCCAAGAAGAACAAUACGGCCAAGACUCGCGAGUACGUGAGAGGCUCUGAACCCGUGCCCGUCCUGACGCUGACGCCGCCGGAGACAAGACGCGGUACCAUGUUCGGCAUUCAAUCAUCACGAGGACUCGUCCUCCUGCGACCGCGACGGAGUGAAUUCUACGCGCCGAUGGACAUCCUUUGGUUGCACUCCGGGCGCCGUGUCACCUUUUCAAAAUUACAUCAAUCCCUGCAGGCUCCGAGCGUUGAUUGGAGGGCAAAUGGGCAACUGGCAGAGGCAUGUUUCUGCAGCUGCGGAACGGGGAAGUGUCAGUCCACUGCCGGUCGGCACGCAAGGGCCUCCUCCUCCUCCAGAGAACGCUAGGUGUGGGACCACUGCCAAAUGCCGGACCUUCCCCAGGGUUGGCGACGCCAUCAUUCCCGCAUGUCAAAGAUAAAGAAAAAGUUCCGGUUUCCUCCUUUGCCUUGCCGAGCUAGAAGUGGUUCCUAGGCCUUCGGGUUUUCAUGCUUCGUGAUUGGAGGACGCACUCCGUUUGUCGAUAGACAACUGGUGGGCCGAUAAAGCGCUGGGUUCCAAGUGUAGGGACCACAGCUACUGUGGCGUUGGGCGUUGGGCGAUGGGGCUAGAGAUGGCGGAGCUGAUAGCGGCAGAGGUGAGAGGAGCGAGCGGGUCAUUGGGUCACGGCGAGGAAGGAAGGGGUUCUCAAUCUUUCUCUUCUCUUGCCUUGCCUUUCAUUUCGUUUCCAUACCGCUCUUAUGUUCUUCUAUGGUACAGUAGGACCGGGUUGCAUCCUCGGGAGGAAGACGGGACGCGACGAAGAUCGGUCUGGGAUGGAAGGGCUGCUGCUGCGAUAGGCGAACGGAAGGGAAGCUGCUUGUUUGCCAUUUUUUAUUCCGGCGUCGAAAUUAGUGCGUGUAUUUCGCCUGGUGACAAUUCAAUCCUCGGGCCAGGCCUGGCCUGCUACGGACACGGGCAGAGGAGGUUUCUGGGGGCUGUGAAAGGAUUCGCACCGCGGCGAAUUUCUCAUGUCCCUGACAGUCAGUGGAAGCGAGAGAAUUUUCUGUUGAUGGUCGAUCAGUAGUGGACAGAGUGGGUAAAUCUCACAACGUGGGCACAAUCAGGUGCGGAGGAGUUACCCAUUUGCGUCGGGGCAUGUGUGAUUUUCACUAGAGACAGCGCAGACGUUUGGUUGAAGAUAUAUCUACACUGCUGUCCUUUCACAGUGCUUUUUGGUGCCGUAGUUUAUCGUCAUCGAGACGAGGAAAGUUGCCGAGACAAACAGUGUUUCGUUCGUUCGUGGCAGGCUGGACCUUUUGAAUUUAUUGAAGUGAAAUGGCACUCACGGGCGUCAAGAUUUCCGAGGAGACCUAUUUGACGUGCCUUACUCACGCUCUGUCAACCGAAACGGAAGAAAUCAUGGGCCUUCUUCUUGGGGAUAUCGAGUAUCUAGAAGAUGGAUCUGCAAUAGCGCUUGUAUGGUGGGCUGCUCCUCAAACAAGGUCAGACCGACGAAAAGAUCGUGUCGAGACUAAUCCAGAGCAGCUUGCUGCUGCAACUGCUCAAGCAGAAAAAAUGUCCGUUGAAAUUGGGCGCACGACUAGAGUGAUUGGCUGGUAUCAUUCACAUCCCCAUAUUACAGUUCAGCCUUCUCAUGUUGAUUGCCGUACACAAAAAAUGUACCAGCUCCUAGAUCCGGGGUUCGUGGGCGUAAUCCUCUCUUGUUUCAGUGAAGAUGCCAACAAGGUUGGAAGAAUACAAGUAAUAGCCUUUCAAUCACAAGAUGGACUGCGCAGAGAUUACAGGUCUCAGGGUGUAGGAUCAUACGAUUCAGCUGGGGAUUCUUCCCGGUCUGCCCCAGUGGCCCCUAGCAUCUCCGAAUCCGAGAUUCAUAGCACACCGAAGGCCAGCUCAUCCGGUAACAAGCAACAAAGUGCAGCCUUGGAGAAUCUUUUUGCAAUUGCAGAUAGUGAGGCAAGAGGUGCAGCUGGGACGUCUACCUCUGAAGAUGAAUCUCUGAGCAUGCAGGAGGCCAUGCACCUCUCGAAUCUAGAGGCCAGCGGUGCAGAAUUCGUACGAAAAGAGAUACCAUUGGAAGUAGUCCCUGGUAACUCCUUAGUGAAGCUGGCGUUUCCUUUGGCCCCUCUCGUGGAACUGCAAAGAACUUUAUUUCAAGAAGAACAUGCUGCUUUCAGACAGGCCAUCGCCCAGAGCACAGUAAACGGGCAGAUACAUCCGUUAGCAGUUUUCCAUCAUGAGGCCCAAUAUCAGGCAACACUUUCCAAGCUAAUGGAAUAUUGCUUAUGUCCUGCACUUCAAACGCUCAUGGACAAAAAUCAGCAGAAUAAAAUUAGGUUGGGGCAAAUGCAAGAUGAUCCACAGGCUCUUCACCUUCAACGGAUCGCUAUUAGCUCAAAAACAGGUAGUCCCAGGUCACCGCAGGCCGUGGGUCGAUCUCCAUCUCACCGAGCUGGUGGAGGUUCGUCUUCAUCGAGUGGAAGGCUAUCGUCAGAAGUUUUCUCGCCAACAGUGAGGAGAAGUACCAGUAGUGGGCAUAGGGGUGCCGGGGAUUCAAGAUCGGCACAGGAAGGGAAGCCUGCUUCCCCGGACUUGAUACGUUUCUGAUUCUUUGCAUGAUUUGUACGAAUGUGUACAGCUUUUUUGACUUAUCAGAUUGUCAAGAAUUGUUGAGUCUGCGUUGACUUAGUGGUAGAGUCAAUACCCGUAUGUCUUUCAAUUUGAUCUCAUUGCCUUGCUCGCAACUCAUGUAGGAAAUGACAUGCCCAUGAGUAUUCUCGGUAUCCACAAUUCUUCCUAGGUAGCUAAACCGGUCGGCAGUACAAAUGCUGGAUGAUUAAUCAGAGCAAGGCCAAGAGUAACGUAGCCCCCUUAUACGUCCCAUAGCAUGUCAGCAUCUGGAUUCCAUCUUCACAAGUUCGAGAGAGCUUCUUCUUUCCUCCCAAUGUAUAGAGUUACGUCUGUAAUUGAGUCAAGUUGGGGUUACUUCUACAUGUGUCAUGUCUUAGUACAUGCCCGUGCCGAGACACGCAGUCAUUUGAGUGAAUUUGUACAGGAACGCGAAGUGACUUGUACACUUCUGCCUUGAGUUUCAGGCUGCAUAUUCUUCUUCCUGUUGGCUUUCUUUCUAACUGGAGACUUCUUAUGAUGAGC